AUGGAGUUGAUCAUAAAAAAGCCAUAUAUAGAAAUAUUUGAAAAGAUCUUAAAACUGUUUACCCAUAUUUGUGAAAAUGUUCAUUUUAAGUUAACAAGAAAUAAGCUAGAAUUAAGCGGCUCAAAUAAUUUAACAAAUGAACUGGUGAUACAUAUUGAUAAGAAAUUUUUUAUAUUAAAUGAUGUAAAUGGAGAUAAGAAGAAUAUAAUUAAUGGAACUGUAAAAUCAAAAGAUUUCUACAAUUGUAUAUAUAAUCAUAAGAUAGUUAAACAUCUGAGGAGUACUUAUUCACAGCAUGGAUCUUAUAAUAGUCACAAGAAAGAUGAUAUGAAUGAAGAAGCAAGAAUAAAUAAUAUAAAUAAUGAUGAAAUUAAAUCAAUCGUUUGUGAUGGUAUGUAUCCAGAUGAUAACAACAAGUCAUAUUUUAGGAAGGAUAAAAAGUGGAAUAUACAUCUUUCCAAGAUAACUCUGAAAUUUAAUAAUAUAAAUAAUAAUAAUAUGAAUCAUAAUAAUAUACAUAAUAUAAAUCAUAAUAAUAAUAAUAAUAAUAAUAAUACGGAUGGUGAUGGUCAUGAUGAUAGUGCUAAUGCUCAUAGUGAUGGUCAUGAUGAUAAUAAUAAUAAUAAUAAAUUAGAAAUAAUUAUAAAAUUUAAAAAGUAUAACACCUAUUUUAGUGCAAUACUAAAAUUGAAAACGUUCAACACACCAAUGAAAAAUUAUAUUUAUAAAAAUGAAUCUAUUAUACAAUUAGAUCCAACCCUUUUUUUACUUAAUCUUAAAGAUCUAUCUAAUGAAAAGAAUAUUUUUUUAAAGAAUACAGAUAAUUCAUUUAUCAUCAGUUCUUUAGAAACUUGUGAUUUCAGUUUAAAUAAAGAAAGAAUAAAAAGAGAACAAUUUUUUUAUAAUAAUAAAAAUAUAUGUAUUCCAUCUAGUAAAACUAAAUAUUUUUUUAAAAAUAAAAAAUUCCAGGAUCAUAAUAUGUCUCUUCCUUUAAAUGAACUGAAGACCAUAAUUAAAUUCUGUUCAGACUUAAAUUUAUUAUGUUUGUUUUCUACAAAAAACUUUAAAGAAAAUCUUAUUAUAUAUUUUGGUAAUAUAAUAUCUUAUAUAUUAGAGAAGAACAAAAAUAAAAUAAAAAAAAAAAAAAAUAAUAAAAAUAAAACUUUUCAACACAAGCAGGAUAUAUAUAUGAUGAACACAAACCAUGUGAAACAUUUAUCAAAUAUAUCACGUGAUUAUAAAUAUGAUUACACGUUUGAUUCGUCUAGAAAAUCACACAUAAGUAGAAAUAAAAUCCAUGAUGAUGAUGAUUAUAUAAAUUCAAAUUUGUAUAUAUCAUCAAAAGUGGAAUUAAAUAAUAAUGACAGCCACAUAUAUGACAAUAAAAACAAUUACGAUAAUAAUAACAAAUCAAUAGUUUUUUAUUUAUCUGAUUAUACAUCAAGCGAUGAAUAUGAUUCUAGUAUGGAUGAAUUCGAUGAUCAAAUAUAUUUACCAGUAUAUGAUAAUGAAUAUACAAAGGGUGACACCAAUUUUAAUUAUAAUCAUAUUAUAACAGGAUGUGUGCAUUUUACUUCAUAUUUUAAUAUAUCAUGUGAUUUUAAUGAAUAUGAAAAUGAUAAGAAAUAUGAACACGAAGAUGUUUUUCAACAACCUAUGGAUGCGUUUGUUAUAAAUAAUAAUAAUAAUAAUAAUAAUAAUAAUAAUAAUAAUGAUAAUUAUAAUGAUAAUAAUCAUUUUGAUGAUAGUAAAAAAGUGAAGAAGAUACAUCAUAAGGAGAAAAAAUCAUCUAUAGAAAAAAAAAAAGAAGAUAUAAUUUAUAAUAAUACAAAAAAUUGUGGUUUUAAUUAUGAAAGUAAUAAUUUAAGAAAUAUAAGAGAAGAAGGAAAAGAAGAAGAAAAAAAAAAAAAAAAUUCUUCUAUCUCUGAAGAUAUAGAUAAGGAUAACAAUUAUCAUGUUAUGCAAAAUAUUAAAAAUAAAAAUAUUAAUUAUGACACAAAGGAAGACAGUUUCAGUGAUACUUAUGGUAUGUUUAAUCAUUUGAAGGAAAACAAAAGUUAUGAGGAUAAUAGAAGAAAAAAACAUCAUGUUGUUUUGAUAAAUGAAGAUCAAAAAUGUGAAGAGUCUGAAUAUGAUCAAAAUGGUGAGUGUUCACAUGUACCAAAAGAUGAUUGUUCAUAUGAUCCAAAAUAUGAUUGUUCAUAUGAUCCAAAAUAUGAUUGUUCAUAUGGUCCAAAAGAUGAUUGUUCAUAUGGUCCAAAAGAUGAUUGUUCAUAUGGUGCAAAAGAUGAUUGUUCAUAUGAUCAAAACAAUAAUAUUGAUACAAUUUUCAGUAACCUCGUCCAAGAACAGGAAAAAGAAAUUAUUUAUAAUUCCAACAUUUAUGAAGAAUUCAAUUAUGAUACCUAUAUGAGGCAAAAUGAAGAGACACCAAAUGUGUAUAAAAAUAUGCAGGAAAAAAUAAAAAGACUUGAUAUAACCUUGGAAAAUUUAAAGCAAAUAAAUAAAAGAAAGAAAAAAAUACUGAAUUAUCCAAAGAAUGAUGUAAAAAAACCUUUUUUGGUUUUUUCCUUACCAAAAAGUAGAAAAUUCAAAAAAAGAAGGAAACCCAUCGAACAUAUUUCUGAAGUGCAUAAAAGAAAUAAAAGAUCAUCCAAGGAUUUGUUAUAUAAUGAUGUGGAAAAUAAAAGGUAUGAUAACAAUUCGGUGUCGUGUAGAAGUGAGGAAAAUGAAAUUACAAGUGACAAUUUUUAUUCCUUAAACGAUGACAAUGAAGAGGAUGAUAAUAAUUAUGAUGAAGAGGAUAAUAAUAAUUAUGAUGAAGAGGAUGAUAAUAAUUAUGAUGAAGAGAAUGAUAAUAAUUAUGAUGAAGAGAAUGAUAAUUAUUAUGAUGAUGAUAAUAAUAAUUAUUAUGAUGAUGAUAAUAAUAAUUAUUAUGAUGAAGAGGAUGAUAAUUAUUAUGAUGGUCAUAAUAAUAACCAUUAUGAUGAAGAGGAUGAUAAUUAUUAUGAUGGUCAUAAUAAUAACCAUUAUGAUAAUUUUCCAGGUGAAACUUAUUACAACAUUCGUCAUAAUAAACAUGGUGUGGGAGAAAAUAUGGAAUAUAUGAACUACUUCAAUAAUAUAUACGACAAAUAUAACAUGUAUAACAAAAGGAAUAAAGAAAAAAUACAUCACAUAAAAAAUAAAAAAUAUAAAAAUCAAUUAAACUAUAGAAAUUAUUAUAUGAGUGAAAAAGAUAACAAUAUUCAGUAUAUGAAAGGGGGAAAUGAAAAGAAUGAGAAUGAUGAAAAGUUUUAUAAUAAUUACAAACAUUUCAACAAGUCUAGAUUGUCACAUAAUAUACAUGAUAAGGCACCUCCCACAAAUCAAUAUUCAGGGCCUAAGAAUACACGAUUAAUUGUGAAAAAUUAUUCUUCUCAUAUUCUAACAGAUGAAAUAAAACGUCGUAGUGUUAAUUAUGAUAAUGACAUAUUUAAUUAUAAAAAAUGUAAGUUACAAAAGAAGUCAUAA